AUGGCCUCCCCCUGGGUCGUCCGGCUGGGCGACGAUCCCGGCCGGCGGCCCGCCCCCGGCCCGCUGCCCUGGCUGCGCGGCCGCAACCUCAUCCUCCUGUGCCUGUGCGUGGCCCUGUUCAUGUUCUGGGCCAUCAAUCUCCGGCCGGCACCCACGGGGGCUGUCGGGGCCGGGAGGGGCGGGGCUGGGCUCAAAUUCGCCGUGGUGUUCGACGCGGGCAGCACGGGCAGCAGGGUGCACGCCUACAAGUUCCGCACCGGCCGCGGCGCGGACAUGGAUCUGGUGGAUGACACGUUCGUCGAGCUGAAGCCGGGGCUGAGCAGCUACGGCGGGAGGCCCGCGGAGGCGGUGGCAUCCCUGCAGCCCCUGAUGCGCAGGGCGAUCGACGCCGUGCCCGCCGGCCUGCGCGCGUCCACGCCCGUGGAGCUGCGCGCCACAGCGGGGCUGCGCCUGCUGCCCGGCGACCAGGCGCGGGAGAUCCUGGACGCCGUCCUGGAGGCGCUCGUGGCGUCGCCGUUCUCGGCGGCCCGAGAUUCGGUGUCCAUCCUGGACGGUCAGGAUGAGGGCGCCUACGGCUGGCUCACACUGAAUUACCUGCUGGGCAGGCUGGGCAGGGGCCACGGCGACACGGCCACCGCGGUGGACCUGGGAGGCGGGUCAGUUCAGGUGAGCUAUGCGGUCAGCCCGGAGCAGGCUCGUGGCGCUCCGGACGGCUACAUUAAGCGGCUGUCUGGCGGGGGCGCGGAGUACAGCGUCUACGUGCACAGCUACCUCAGGUUUGGCCUCAUGGCUGCGCGGGCGGAGAUACUAAAGGGGGGCGGGGGGGAUGGGGGCAGCCCCUGCGUGGCGAGGGGCUUCUCGGGGGAGUACAAGUAUGGGAACGACACCCUGCUGGCGCUGCCCGCAAAGGACCCCGAAGGCGUGUCGGGCCUAAGGUGCAGGGAGCUCGUGGUGGACGUCCUGGAGUUGGACAAGCCUUGUCCCGGGCCGCAGGGCCAGUGCUCCUUUCAGGGUGCCUGGGGGGGACCUGGGAGGGGCAGAGCCCAGCCCGUGUUCCUAUUCUCCUAUUUCUGGGACAGGGCCCUCGACUCCUCGAUCAUUGGAUCCAGCGAGGCCAUAUCCUGGCAGAGUACCCCAGGAGACUAUGCUGGGAAGUCUGACGCAGCGUGCAAGAUGGACAUGGGCCUGCUGGCCAGCAGCUUCCCGGAUGUCGCUGAGGACAGACUUCCCUACCUGUGCAUGGACUUGUCGUUCUGUUCGGUGCUGCUUUCAGAUGGCAUUGGCCUUGGCGGGAGCCAGGGUGUGAAUCUUGUGAAACAAGUUCUGAGGGAUGGGAAGAAAUUUGAGAUGGCAUGGGCACUUGGGGCUGCGAUUAACAGCAUCAGCGCACUCCAUCGAUAG